CUGAUAUCUGCGAAAGCUCCCAUGCAAUUUCCUCCCCGUUCCACCGUUCCCACGUAACCCUCAAGCACCUUCUCUGCACCUCCCAAUACUCCUAUCCAAAUUUAGCCUGCUUCCCAUCUCUCUCUCUAUAUAUGCAACUGACCUCCAUUCACCUCAUAUACUUCAACACAAACUCCAUUCACCAAUGGCUGCUAGUGCUACCCAUUCCAAACCAUCCAAAUGGCUCCCCAACAAGACCUUCAAGCUGAACCUCCACCGCCUUCGCCGCUCCAAGUCCGGCCUGCCGAUGCCUCCGCCAUCGCCUCAUGUCGGUCGGCCGAAGGAGUUCCAUGAAGCAUUCCGACGCUUCGAUGGUGAUGGUGAUGGUAAGAUAUCGAGUGAUGAGCUGAGGGCCUUCUUUGCAUGGGCCGGGGAGGACAUAAACCUCGAGGAGGCCGAGCAGGUGAUCGCCGAUUUCGACUCAGAUGGAGAUGGGCUAAUGGACUAUGAUGAUUUUGUUAGGCUGAUGGAGAGGGAUAAUAAUGGAGGGGAUGAGGAUUUGAGGAGGGCGUUUGAGAUGUUUGAGUUGGAGAAGGGGUCAGGGUGCAUCACACCUAAGGGACUGCAGAGGGUGUUGAGCCGUUUAGGGGAUGUGAGGUCUACUGGGGAGUGUGAGGCCAUGAUAAAGGCUUAUGAUCUUGAUGGAGAUGGGGUGCUUGACUACCAUGAGUUCCUUCGCAUGAUGUCUUGAUGCUAUUUGAGUUCACUGCGAGUGCGUUUUUAUUGGUGUAACUGUACGUGCUCCAUGUUUUUUUUUAGCAGGGUGUUUUAGUGCCAAUUUGCUUUAGUUUUAGUUUGGUUGUAGGUGCUGUGGACGUAGAUAUUUAAUGUUCUCUAAUGAAAUAUGAGAAGGAGAAAGCUUAGCUUUGGUUUUUCUUAUGAA